AUGGCUUACGAAGGUUAUAAAAUUGCAAAACAACUAUCGAUGGCAGAACAGCAAAAAUCUGAUGAUGUUCAAAUAUAUGUCCGACAAUUGUAUUUAGUAGUCAUGGCCAUUAAAGAAGUAGUUGAGACUAUCGAAUUAUAUCGAAAAAUAUCUGUUACGCCAUUAACCAACAUAGAUCUAUUACAAGAUCUUGAAUGUAAUAACUCACCAGAAUCUACAACUUGGAAAGAAGAUAUCAAGUCAUUAUUCUCAAUGCUAAUUCAUUUCUAUAAUAGUGACUUACAGACAUUUGAAUACUUGCUAGAUUUAAUAAUUACAAAUCACAAGUUGAUAUUAUUGUUAGAUAAUUUAGAUUAUUGGACUUCAAAUGAUACUACUGAACAUUUCAAAAGAUUUGCUACUGCCGACAUAAUGUAUAAGUAUGGAACUGUUCUACAAAAUUACACUAAAAAUGAUGAAUUAGUCAAUGACGCCAUAUUAACUUUGAUACGUCAUGUAUUUGGAGACUGUGAAUUGAAUUCAGUGAUUUUACAACCAAUUAUUUUGGAAACAUUAUUGAAAAUAACUGAAAAUGACUAUAAUCCGUGUAAAAAGUGGCGUGAUUUGAUUGAACGUGUUUUAAAUUUAAGCAAGUUCCGUGCUAUUUGUUCAGCUUAUGCAGAGAGUAGAAUCACUAGAAAGAUACAGAAGAAAAUAUAAGCAUACAUGGAAAUAAGUUGUAGUAUGCUAUAGUAGGUAUACGGAAGUAUAUUACAUAUGGUAGGAAUUGAUAACAUAUUAGUACUUAGUAGUCACUUGUUAGUCAAAAUAAUAAGUAGUAUAGGCCCAUGAAGCCAAUGAGCUGAAACAACAUAAUAUUGUAGCUGCAGUAUAUGAAAGUGGUGAGAGAAAUAGUGGUGUGUCGUGUGUGCUUCGCGGUCAAGUACGGGACCCAUAAAUAUAUAAUACGUGAUGGCGUGUCUUCAUUCGUCUUUUGUUUUAUUAUAUGUUCUUAUAUAACUUCCAUUAUUUAAAUUUAACUGUUAUUAUUAACUGUUACUACUGUCAAAUUAUAAUUCUGUUGUCUCAGCACAUUUGCUUCAUUGGCUUGAAGUAUAUCAAUAAAUAUCUACAUACCUAAUAAUCAUUUAUUUCACCAAAAUAUUAUUCUCACUAUACUAUUAUAUAGGUAGGUAGAUACCGUUGUAAAAAAAUAUUUGUAAUUUACUAUCUGUAGUAGCCUGUAAAACACACCCUUAUGAUGUAAUUCAUCAGUCAAUAGGUAUGUCAUGAUGGUGAGUGAUGACUGUGCAUUCUUACCUACCUAACACCUAUUUUAUAAUUCUUAUGUGGUUAAUGGUUAUGUAGCAGUAGCAUCAACCUUGUAGUAGCCAGUAGGUAGGUACCUAGGUACCUACCUAACUAUUCGAAUAAUUACCUCACUAAUGUAUGUUUUUUUUUAUUAUUAUUAAUAGCAUAGGUACAUGUUAUUUUAGAUAAAACAUUGUAAGUGACUCAGUGACUGUGUGUUGUCCAAGUAAAUUCUGAAUCAGAACUUACACUUUCCAAAAUAGAGGCAUAUCCGGUGGCCCAAAGUCACUCAGUCAGUAGUCAGUAGUCAGUAGUAAGUAGUUUGUAUGUAGA